AUGCCGAUGAAAGUAAUCUGGGAAGAAAUGAUGAAAAGAGAGAUGAUAAUCUCUGAAAAAGGAAAUAAAGGAGCAAAGGACUACUGCAAGUUCUAUGCAGAAGAGGGACACGAGAUCCAGGAAUGUGAUGAGUUUAAGGCUUUGGUACAAAGCCUUAUGGAUAAUAAAGAGCUGGAAUUUUAUGAAGCUGGCUCAGAUGAGGGACACGUAUAUGCAUUGGAAGGUGAACCAAAGAAUCAAAGAAUCAACUGGCCAAGGAUCAUUAUUUCUCCACCAAGGAAUAAUGAAGUUGAGACACAAAUAACGCCGAAAGUCAUUAUUCACAAACCUGUUUCCUUUCCUUAUAAGGAUAACAAGAGGGUACCCUGGAAUUAUGACUGCAAUGUGACAAUGCCGGAGAGAGAAGAUAUAGCUAGUACUUCUAAGGAGGCUCAAGUUGACGGUUCCUACACACGUAGUAGGAAACGUUAUGAUGCAGAAGGAGUCAGAGUUGUGCCCACGAAAGUAAAAGCCUUUGACAUUGAGAAGGAGAAGGGGGUUGAGGUACUUGUUAAUGAGCCAGUGAAGGAAGAAGAAGCUAGAGAGUUUUUAAAAUUCCUGAAACACAGUGAGUACAGCGUGGUUGAACAAUUGUGCAAACAACCAGCCCGCAUAUCAGUGUUGGCUUUGCUUUUGAGUUCAGAGGUACAUCGUGAGGCAUUAAUGAAAGUGCUCAACGAGACUUACGUUACUAAUGAUAUAUCCGUCAACAAGUUGGAUCGAUUGGUUAGUAACAUAAGCGCUGGCAACUUCAUUUAUUUCAAUGAUGAUGAAAUCCCACCUGGUGGCAUGGGAUCAGCUAAAGCUUUGCACAUCACCACUCGCUGCAAAGGAUAUACAUUGUCGAGUGUGCUUAUUGAUAAUGGGUCAGCCUUAAAUGUCCUGCCAUUGUCCACAUUGAACAGGUUGCCCAUAGAUGGUUCUCACAUGAAAACAUGCCAUAAUGUAGUGAGAGCAUUCAAUGGUACAGAGAGAAAGGUCAUGGGAAGAAUUGAUAUCCCUUUGAUGAUCGGGCCAAACACGUAUGAGGGAGGCCUUGGAUACAUUCAGCUGGAGCGGUUUUUUGCACCAAAAAUUAAAGCUAGUAGCGACAGACGGUUGGUCACCAUAAAUGCGGAGGAAGAAAUCAUAGCAGCAGUUAUCAGUGAUGCACCCUAUGUAGAGGCGAACAAGGAGGCCGUUGAGUGUUCUUUUUGCUCCUUAGAAUUCGUUAAUACAACAUUUAUUUCAGAGGGGAAUGAGGUGCCGGUGCCAAAGAUAUCCAAAACCAUAAGAAUGGGUUUGCAAAUGACAGUAGGAAAAGGAGCCUUGCCAGGAAAAGGAUUGGGAAGAUAUCUCCAAGGAGGGAUUCAAGUUCCAGAACUAAAAGAGAAGAGGGACCAUUUUGGCUUGGGUUUCAGGUCAGAUCACAGGCAGAGGAGGAAAGAAAUAGAAAAGCGUCAAGAAAGAAGAAGGGCGCGUUUAAGUGGAAGAGAAGUAGAAUGGGAAUCGAUGACAUUCCCUCAUAUAUCCCAGACCUUUAUAUCAGGAGGGAUAAUUCACCCUAAGAGAGGGUUGUUUGAAAAAGGAAAUUAUCACAUCAAUGCUGUACAUAAUGAAGAGUCUGAACAAAGAAACCUUGAGGGCAUUUGCCCUUACGAACUAGGAAGUUCUUUAAGCAAUUGGACUGCAAAAGAACUUCCUGUAGUUUUUAAAGAUUUUUUAGAGUAA